AUGAACCCGUCUACUCACCACAACUUGCGUGUCACGCACCCUUCGCUCCGCGAGUAUCCCUUCUACCUGGCCGGAGGCGUAAAGCUCAUCAAAAGCACAGACAUCAGAGACAUCCGAGACGCUCAUCGUGUUUUUGAAGCGGUGCGACUUCAUAUCCUACCGCUGAUCAAGCGGCGUUUAUCGCCUUCGGAACGCAACAGUCUACAAAGCGGCCAUGUCUUUGUUUGGGAGGAAUCCGACUCGGAGGAGGGCUUGGUUCGCUGGACAGAGGGUAAACGAUGGUCCCAGAGCAAGAUGCGGGGCGAUUGUCUGGUCUACGAAGAGAAAGUUCAGGUCACCGAGGCCGAGAAGCGGGAUAAAGCCACACGAAGGCAAGUCGGCCAAGACAUCUUUUGCAUCUAA